GCGGUGCGUCAGUUUUUCUCAGCUUUGAGCUGGAGAAAAUAUAAUUAUGCUGCUCCAGAUGGCUUGCGUAUUGUGUUGCUGUUGGCGGGCCUUGAAAGAGCUUUCGACUUUAUCACGCAAUAAAAUCAUCUCGGUGAACAGACACAUCAAACUUAAAGACGCAGCUAUAAUAACAUCUCUGGAGGUCUGCGCGUUUCCUGCAGCCAGGCCUCCUCUUUCAAAGCGUAAAAUGAGAGUGACACUGAUGAUGCUCGUGAGAACCUGAGAAACUGUGACUCGCUUACUGUUAAUCCUGGCGGACAAUGCCAAGAAAAGCCCAAGGGGGAAGCUGUAUGAGGUCCUUGUCCUUAUCAGCUCAGAAGGGUCUCAGAGAGCAGAGCGGUUGUGGCACCUCCCUCCACCAUUCACUAGUGCUCACCCACCGGCCUUAUUAUCAUGUGUGCUCACUGAUAUAACAGUGACAUCAAUCUGCCGUCAACCAGACCGUACCUGUGCCAAGUUAAACAAUCAAAGCCAUGCAUGAGGUGACCUGUGAAUUCACACACCCACGCAAAAACACAUGCCCACACAUUUCUCUCCAGGGAGUUCAUUUGGCAGGGAACCUGUCAUGAUCUGUGCAUGUCAUUUUUCUCACCAGCUUGGGAGUUUUUACAGGCCUUGCCCUUUUUUGACAGACACUUUGGCUCAUUCCAGACCGAGCACAGACCGACUGCUGCCUUUGCUUGAAACAGCAGCUUUGAAUUUAGAAGCUGAAGUCCUACUAAGCGUCUGGUCACAAGGGAUAUGAAGCUGGUUGCAGGGUUAGCCGUGCUGUGUCUGUGGGUUGUGGAGGCCAUGGAAAACUGCCCUGAUGCUUGUAAAUGCAGCCAGAAAACCAGUACGGAAAAGACUGAAGUCAGUUGUCAGAAGAAGGGACUUGAGAGCAUCCCACCCAAACUCCCUCUGGACACAUGGAUCCUUAAAAUGAGUGAAAAUGUAUUGCAGGAUCUUCCAGCCAACAUCCUGAGCUCUGUCCCUAAAAUCGAGAGCGUAAACUUAGAGCGAAACUCAAUCAAAUCAAUACACCCUCAAGCAUUUUCUGGGGCCCAGCGACUGAUGCUUCUGAAUCUGCAAGGAAACCGGAUGUCCAAACUCCCAGUGAAGGGCUUCAAAGAUCUCCUAAACCUACGCUUUCUCAUGCUGGGCCAGAAUCAGAUAGCUAGCCUGAAACCUAACAUGUUCAUUGGCAUGAGGAACCUCUCAGAGCUGGAUCUGCCCCUGAACGCCCUCACUGCUCUCCCACCAAAUACAUUCAAGCCUCUGAUUGCCCUCAAAGUCCUGGAUCUAGCAUUGAACCACAUCCAAAGCAUCUCUCCCAAAGCCUUUGUUGGACUUGACGAGCUGCUUUUUCUCAAUUUGGACAACAACAAGCUGAAGGAUAUCCAAGCUGGCACCUUUGCGUCCCUGAUUGGUCUUGAGAUGCUGGUGCUAGACAACAAUUUUCUCUCCACACUCACCGCGGCCUCGCUAGAAGGUCUUUCCAACCUGCAGGAGCUCUAUGUGAGAAAGAAUAAAAUAGAGAGUCUGCCAGCUGAUGUGUUCCGCCACACACCUAAACUUACUCAUGUGGGCUUAAGUGGGAAUCAGCUUCAUGCCAUUGACGGAAACAUGCUAGCCAACAUGCAAGGUUUAAAGGAGGUGUUUCUGCACGAUAACCCAUGGAAAUGUGACUGCAGCAUCAACUCGCUGGUGCAUUACGUAGCCCAGACGAGGGCUAAUCACUCUCCUCUGCAAAGACUUCGGUGCACCAGCCCAGAAGAGUUUCGUGACAGACCCAUCCACCAGCUGAAAUCUGAUGAACUUCCCUGCAGGGCCUAGAAAAUCCUCACAUCUGAUGUCACAUCACGAACGACCUCCAAAAGUUGGGAGCACAGUAUAAUAACAGCGUGAAAUUUUCUGCAUUUGAAUGGCGAUGCUUCACAGAACUCCAACCACACUUGCUUUGACAGGUUAAUGAUAGAGCUGCUGUUCUGCAGAUAGUCAUAAUUUUCACCCACACCAGUCGACUAUUUUCAGGCCACCUGGAGAGCAGUGCAUCCUACAAAAACUAAGGAAGAAGUGUGCGUUUGUUUUUUCCUAUACAAAUGAAAUGCCUAUUUUUAUUAAUAUGUAUUAAUAAUAAUAAUAUGUUUUCACAUUUAACUUAAUGUUACAAAAGCUCAUGUUAUAUAUUCUAUGUAUUAUUCAUCAAAAGUGUUUUUUAUUGUCCUUCAGCAUCUACGUAGAAGACGCUGUCAAAAUAUAUUGUUAGUAGGUGAGUAAAUAAAAAAUACUGUAUCAUACAGCAGUUUAAAUGUAAUUAAACCUAUUCUCAAAAUUGUUUAUCUAUUUGAUGUAUACAGUAUACACACAAUAAACACA